AUCUGAUAAACGAUAAACGCGGCUAAACAGAUAUGGCACGAUGCACUCAUUCAUUUUUUGAUAGUUUUCGUCAGUUUCAAAGACAAUUUCGUCGAAUUUAAUAGUGCAUUUAGUUGAAUAUUAGAGACAAUAGCUGGUGUUUAGAACAAUUUAGUUGGUGUUAAAAGUUGAACAAAAUGGGUUUUCAAUUGCCUCGAGUGAGUAGAUGUUGCUGUUGCGUUCCCCUUCGCAUUGGAUCUAUGUUAAUUGGAUAUUUUUCUAUUAUAUUCUCAUGUCUAGCUGUGGCUACUGUUUCGUGGUAUAUAUACAAAGUGGUAAGCUACGUAGAGCACAACAAGCUGCAUCCAAACCCAGAGCAUACUCAAGAGGAAGUGGAAAAAAAGGCUCUCAGCUUAUACGUAUCAUUUGCGUAUUACCUAUCCGUGUUUUUAUAUUACUUUAUCAUCAGCAUAGUCUUAGUCAUCGGAGUACACUUGAAUAAACCCAAUUUGUUGCGGUCUUAUGUGAAAGCUGCGAUGUUCUUAUUCGCGUUGGCCGUCGCGCUGGUGGUGGUGACCUGUGUGUUCAUGGGAUUCUUCGCCACCUUGCCGAUACUCAAGUGGUGUUUUACCUUGUUAGUCUGCAUGGUGGUAGUCCGAAGCACAUAUCUCGAGAUGGAAGAGCAAAACAAACCACGUGUUUAUGAAAUGCAAAAUCUGUACAUGACACCGAAUGUUCCGCUUAUGGCGUGAAGAUUUUUUUCUUUUCAUGACUGGUUAAUUUUAAUAACAAAAAUAAACAUAAUUUAAAUAUUAA